AUGGUUCCUUCUUCUCCCCUAGAGGCUCGCAGACGGCUCGAAUCCCUUGAAACGCAGAUGAGGCAACAAAUCCGGGAGUUACAAGAGCAUAGAGUGCUGGUGGCGCUGGCCAAGCUGUAUAAUGCAGAAGGGAUGGUUGCCAAAGCUGAGCUGCUGCUCGGUUCUUAUGGUAGCUUGUGCAGCGACAACACCUACUGGAAGAUUAACAUGGGGCACAUUCUUUUCAUGCAGAAAAAGUAUGACAAGUGCCUCUCGUUGUACGAGGAUUCCGUACGUAAGGACGUACCAGGACACACGCUGGAACGGUGGGAGGUUGUUGCUUUGUCGAAUGCAUUGGUUGCCAACAUCCUCCUGGGACACCUCGACCGGGCUCAGCAACUCCUCAAUCUCUUGAACGCGAGUGAGCAGCCGGAUUCUCGAAGCGCUCCCUUUACAUCGGGGUGCAGCACUUCCAUUCCGCAUUGCUCUGUUGUUAAGCUAAUUGUCGGCACUCUGUAUUGUGCCGAGAAAGCUUACGAGUAUGGCCUGAGGACCGUUUUGGAGAGCUUAGACCCGAUCGAGAAAGUUCUGAAUGCGGAAACAUGGGGCUACUGUAAGGCUUGCAUUGGAUCCCUUUUGACCGAUGUGGCGUUAGGGAACUUUGUCCUGGACUAUCAGCUUAAGCGAACAAUUUCGGCAGUUUUGCUACGGAUUGAAAACAAAGCAAUAAACUUACCUGUGCGUCGGGGAAGCACCCACUUACAGGCGAGGCGCGUGCCCUUAGGAGAUGGCUGA